CACAGCGGAGCUCCAUCUUUCCAUCCCGAGCGCAGAAGAGCAGCGGAUGUGUUGAUGCUUUUGGCCGUUUUGUUUUUAUUUUUAAACGGCGAGAGUCGAUGUGAAACAACCCCGAGCGGACUCCUCCUCCGUUAUUAUCGUCCCGGGAGCUUCCAGCCGACAGAAAUGCGGCGUGUGGCGGGUGUUAUGAGGUAGAUUGAGCCGCUGCUGCUGCGCUUCGGCCGCGGCGACACAUUUGAGUGUAAAUCCGCUGCAAGAGUGUUUCCGGCCCGCACGCGAGCAGGAACCAUGAGUUUGCGAGAGCUGCCGCUAAACGGUCCACGAUGAGCAGAACAUCUGAAGAUCGUGGCACGCGCUGUCCGCUGUAAAGACGCGACGCCUGACCCGGACCCGCGGGUCCCUCCGCCUGCUGGGAGCUGCAACUCCUUCCAUGUGUCCAGUCAUUUGAGGUGCUUUUAUGUCCAGAUCAGAAGCGCUUUCGGACUUCUUUCUCAUGGCUUUGAUUGGUCAGACGCUAGCAGCGGAGUUCCUGUCUGCGUUGAGUGGCAAAGUAAUGAGGCCCUUUCUCUGGGCUGCGCUGUGAGCCCGUCUCGCCGCGGUCCGGCCCGCAGAUCCUCUCCGCUUUCAGGAAAGUUGUGCUCCGUCUUCCCUCUUCUGAGCGUCAGAAUGAGACAUUGUGUCGGGACAGAGAAGAGCGCGUGAUCUCUCGCGAGGAGUUUUGAACCGGUCCAUAAAAAUGAAUGGAGGAAAAGAACGGGAGGGCUUCGAGGGCAGAGGUCAGCUCGCCCAGGUGCCCAUCGGCUGGCAGCGCAAGGUGGAGGCCACGGGUGUCCUUUAUAUCAGUCCGAGUGGAUCAGUGCUGUCCUGCCUUGAGCAGGUGAAGUCGUACCUGCUGACCGACGGCACCUGUAAAUGUGGUCUGGAGUGUCCUCUCAUCCUCCCCAAGGUUUUCAAUUUUGAUCCUGGUGCGGUGGUGAAGCAGAGGACUGCGGAGGAUGUGAAGGCCGACGAGGAUGUUACGAAGCUUUGCAUCCACAAGAGAAAGCUGAUCGCAGUGGCGACGCUGCAUAAGAGCAUGGAGCUGCCGCCUCCUUCCCUGACGCUCACCAGUCCCGGUGGAGGCACAAGUGUGACCUCCGUGACCCCUACCGCACAGCCUCGAGCAAUAAGGAAUAAGACCCACGAGGGCCAGCCAGAAUGUAAGAACCCGUUCAAGGCGAUGAUGGCGGCGGGGCAGCGGCACUUCUCUCCGGAUCUGUGCGGCCCGCAGCAGCAGGACGUUUUCCCUGCGUACUCACGGCAGAGGCUGGCCAGCGGUGAGCCGGGGCCCAAGUCCCCGUACCGCGGCGGGCACGGAGGCAUGCUGAGCCCUCCCUCGCAAGCUUUCGGGGACGGGUCUCUGUCCCCACGAACAGACGCUAUCGGCAGUCCCGACGGCUUUGUGCGCAACAACCCCUGCGGCUUCCAGGGGACCGGCAGUCCCGGCGCCAUGCACGGCAACAGCCGUAUCCCUUUGUCUUCUCCUGGGGUCAUGAUGCACGGCUCGCCCGCCGCCCAGUCGUCCUGCGUCAUGGCUGGAAGGACUAACAUGCCUCUGUCCCCCCCAGUCCCCAACAAGAGCCCCAUCAUGAAAAAGCCCCUGUGCAACUACCCGCCCAGCAUGGACUCGAGCAGGACCGUGUUUCACCACAAGGCCCCGUCGGCUCCCGCCCCGCCGCUGCCGCCUCCCUGCGCGCUGCAGAAUAAGCAGCUGAGCUCCGAGAAAGACCCUCUUGGCAUCCUGGAUCCGAUUCCCAGUAAACCCAACCCCUCCGCUUUCCAGCCCAGCGCCCACUCUCAGGUACCAAUGAUGAAUGUAAACAUCCCUCCCGCCAUCGUCCCGCUGCCGAGCAACCUGCCUUUGCCCACGGUGAAGCCGGGGCCGGUGGGUCACAUGCAGAGGACUCAGCACGGUGCGGCUGCCUCCAUCUCCCCGUCGCCCGUCACCUCUCCCGUGCACAUGUCUGGGCCCGCCUUGGGCCGCAUGGAGGUGUCUCCGCAACGCUCCCGCUCCUCGUCCACCUCCUCCGAACAGGGGAGCUUUGCCGUUCCGCCGUGCGGCAGUAUGAAGGUGCCGCCGCGCUCGCCCAGGUCCUCCAUGAGUUCGCCCCGACCCGCUUUGCCUUCCAGCCCGUCUGGCAAAGCGGACGGUCUUCACCAGUACAAAGAAAUGCCCAGCCAGCUGCUGGCCGGGAUGAGCGGUCAGCACAACCCCAUGUAUCCGCCCGCCUCGGGCGGCGCCGCCCCGCAGAAGGAGCACCCGGGCCUGUUGGGAAUGCCACUGAACCAGAUCCUUAACCAACACAACGCUGCCUCUUUCCCUGCCAGCAGUCUCCUCUCAGCGGCCGCCAAAGCACAGCUAGCAAAUCAAAACAAGCUUGGGGGCGGCGGCGCUUGCGCGGGAGGGGUGGGGGCGAGCGCGGGGGCGCCUGCCGGGGGGCUCUCUUGCCCGGAUGCCGGCAGGCCUGUCGAAGGCCACAAUACUCUAAAUCCCAUGUUGCCACCCAACCCUGCCAUGAUGAUGCCCGGCGGCGAGGGCCAGAGCGGACGUGCGGCUCUUCGGGACAAGCUCAUGGCGCAGCAGCGCGACCCUCUCCGCAAGCGCAAGCAUCCUCCAAACGCUGCCAACCACGACAACGCUUUCUUCAACAUGACCGGCAUGAGGACGCCCUGUCCUUCCGCCGAGCAAAUGAGAAAAACCUCCCGACUGCCCUCCAAUACGUCGAUGGCUCAGUUGCUCCAGUCUCUGAGCAACCACAGCUCCCACAUGGCCCGGGGCAGAAACCCAAGCCUCGCGAGUCCUGGCCGCGCGCACUUUGGCGACGGGGGCAUGGCGUCCGGGGCGGGGCCUCCGAACGCGCAGGUCCAGCAGCGGCUGCACGGCCAGACCGAGGCCAUGCUCUGCCCCAGCGCGGAGUCUACGGCACACGCGGCCCAGGGCCAGUACCCGGGCAUGAUGAACCAGAUGCAGGCGACAGUGAUGGGAAACUGCGGACCCGUAAACCAAAGCGGGCCGCUUCCUCUCGGAAACCACGUGAUGGGACGCGCGAGCGCUCGCUUUCAGCAGCGCGUCCAGCCGAACGUCAACUGCAUGCUGCCCGGCGGCGCCGAUGCCGGCUGCUCGCAGCCCAUGACUGACACAGGUGAUGCGGCGUCGCUGAGCUGCAGCAUCGGCAACACUCCUCAGAUGGGCGGCGUGAUGGCGGCCGCAGGGCACGUGUACCACCAUCAUCAUCAUCACCACCACCAGCAGCAGCAGCUGCACCCGGCUCUGCAGGGCAUGCACGGGGUCUCCGCUUAUCCGAGCCAGGGACAUUCCUUUGCAACGGCUCCUUUUACAGACAGUAACGUUCCCAACUCCAACAGCUUGCCUUGCCUGUACCAGGAUUAUCAGGGCUGCAUGCCUGACGGCGGCCAGCCUGCUAUGACCUCUCAUUCUGGAGACGCAGGCCUGUACCGAGAGGCUCCGCAGAAGCUGCAGGGGCAGGGUGAGGUUUCCAUGGCGGGAGCGUCCGGAGGCCAGAGUUCGGUGGAGUCGGUGGAUGCGAUCUACAGAGCGGUGGUGGACGCCGCCGGCAAAGGCGUGCACGUAACCAUUACCGCCGGCGCGAGCGGCAGCACGCAGGCGAGCCCCGUCCCCGCGCUCAGCGCCAUGAGUGCCUUCACCGCCUCCAUCGGCCAGCCGCUCAGCCUACCUCACGCCGUCAACGCGGUCAUUCACGCCCCGCGCGGCUCCGAGGGGACGGAGCCCCCGUCGCAGCCCCUGCGUGUCCGACCGCCACCCAACCGCACGCGCAGAAGCUCCGAGCACGGCAAGAACACGCCCGACGGCGCGGACGCGCACGAGUAUUUCCGCUCGCCUAGCGCCGCCACGCCGCGCCCGCAAUGGGACGAGCCCAACCACGCUCACUGGAGAGGCGAGGAGUUUCUGGAGUGCUCCACCCAGGUGCACAGCAGUCCGUGCAGUAGCAAAGGAGAGAGAAAAACCGCCAUGGAGUGUCCGCCGGAGACGCAUACCCACGAGCCCUCCGACGCACAGACGGACGACAACAACGCUAGCCUGCGGUUUAACCAUCGCGUGAGAGAGCGGCUGGAGCCGACGGAGCGCUGCGCUCAGCUCAACGGCACGCUGCCUCGCGGCGGCUACGGGGAGCCGCUCAUUGGAGACGACCAGUCGCCCGGCUCCUCCACCAGCUUGGAAGGGCCGCUGCUCAAAGACUACACUCACUUCAACGGGCACUUUAACGGACACUGUGCGCCCAGCCCUUCGGACACCAAGAGUCUCAGCAGCGAGGAGGAGUUGCGGCACCCCGACUCUCCCUCGGCCGAGCUGCUGCACUACAGACCCAGGGCCUUCAAUGUGGGCGAACUGGUCUGGCCCAUCAAAGGUUUCCCUCCCUGGCCGAACAAACUGAUGGGAGAAGAGCAUGGGCACAAUCCCGGCAUGCAACUGUCAGAACAGGCCAAGGUGGAACCAGAGCAGCUGAAAACACUAACACAGGAUCUUCAGGUGCUGGACAGAGCCAGCAAAAAAAACAGGAAGGCGGGAAAGCUGAAUCAUCAUCUAGAAGCUGCGAUUCAUGAGGCCAUGAGUGAGUUGGACAAGAUGUCUGGAACUGUUCACCAGGAUCGUCAAGUCAAACUGCCCAAACCCAAGAGGAGGAAGAUCUCCAGAUAACAGCAGCGUCAGGCAUCAGUGUCUCUUUCUUUCCUCCUCUCUCUCUGAUCGUGGUGCUACACUCUAGCAGACGGCUCAUCGUGGCCCCGCCCUCAUCCAGUGACUGACAGGUGCUGGAUCAGCCAAUUAGAAAAGGCAGCAAAUACAACUUGCUGAAGAACUAUUUUUUUCUAGUGUACAAGGAAAAAUAUCAAAAAAGAAAGAAAGAAAAAAAACGGAAGAAAUUACUGCAUUUAAGAACACAGACAGUCCAAAUAUUUCUGAUAUGUUUUCAAUGUGUAUAUAGACAAUACAGAAAUUUCAUGGUAAAAACAUGGGAAGAAGUGUAAAUACUGUAGGAUAAUGACAUGUACAAGCCAACUCAAUGCACACUUUAUCUUCAGCUGUACAAAACACAAAGCAGAAAUGUCUCGUCGGCCCAUAAGGCCCUGUGACAUUACAAUGAAUAAGAGUCAAUCUGAGACUUUUCUGAGCUUCAGUUUGAGUUGUAUUUUGAGUGUGUGUGUGUGUGUGUGUGUGUGUGUGUGUGGGUCAGAGUGGACUUCACCAGCUGAAUGGGUCAGAUGCGGGUUUGACUCGAGCUUGUGGGCUUCUAUGUAUAGUUCAGGUCUUCCAGCACUAAACACUACUACAUGAAUAUGUUUCUAAUUGUCCCUUGUCAUUUUGUUGUGUUUUCUGUCUUUAUACGGUUAAAUUGGUCUCUCCUUUGUGGUUUUGUGGUAUUUAAGUUAGACAGCACUGGUAUGUGAGGCUUCAUACUGUAAUGGCCAACAAAGAGGAAAACUAGGGGCCUUAUAAUGUUUGUUAUAAAUGAUGUUUGGACUCCCUGUUUACUUGACGUUCAGUAAAACUUGGCAAUAAUAAUACGGCCCUGCGCACAUACUCGCUAAAGCCUUAUACUCGUGUACACACACACCCUUCAGUAUUAUUCCGUUAAAACACAGUGUUUCUUUGCCUUUGGAGUUGCACUCAGUAUUUUCUCUCUUUUAACGAUUUACUCGUCAAGAAAUUAACAGUACUGUUGGAAAUCUUCAUUCCGUUGUCCACUUAAUGAUGGAAGUUCAAGUCAAAUCAGUAAUGUCAUAAAAUUAGACUUGCUCUCAUGAAGAGCAUCAGGAGCUCAUGAGAUCACGUGACCGGCCGAACACCAAUCACUUUAUCUCAGUAACAUGGGAAAGGGAAAAUGCUGUCAGUAACCGCAAACUUUGUCUUUUGGCGCUGCAUCCACACGUCAGGAGUCAGGAUCGGUCCGAGAGCAGGAACAUAUCAGCCAGCCUAGGUCAAAAAGCACCGAGCGCAUCGCAGCGUGUUAAUAAUGUGUCGUUGCGUUUGAGUGCUGCAUUAUGGGAAGACACAGAUGAGCUGUAGAUUUGUUGAAUCUCAUACAGACUCAGGAAAGUCCUGCUAUCAUUCAGAUUUAAAUUCUAAGAGGAGUUUGUGGCAAAUGUCACUGCGGUGAGAGGAGUUUGAGUUUGUUUUUGUCUCCGUGUCCGUUAUACUUUCAUGAACAUGCGAUCAGAAGGGUAAGAAAACGGCUGUAGGACUGAGGGGAAAGUUUAGGGGUCGUAGGAACAGGUCAGAGGUCAGCGUCAGGCUCGGGGCAGGUUGUACAGAAUCACUGGAGCACGGUGCAAAUCUGCCAGUAACACUAACUCAAUGUGAAGAGCUGAUCGAAUUAUUUCCGUGUGUAAACUCUAUAGAUACGUGUGGGAUUUUACAGCACAUUGCUGUGUGAAACACGCUCUCAUCAGUUUGCAUCUGUUUGAAACUCUAAACUUGGGCAGAUUAAAUAGCAGCUAUUGGCUGUUUUCUCUCCCUGUUACCGAUCUUUACAGAAAUUUCACUACAAAUUGAAGUGCAAUAUUUCCAUUCAGCGGAACUGAGAACUAUAUCAGCGCAAAUAUUGUUGGCAGUGGCGUUCCAGAGGUGAAAUUGUUCAAGUCCCGUGAACAGACUCAGUCGGACGGACGGCUCGUGCGUCUCUGCUGGUGAAGUCGGCUCUGUUGUCAGUGCAAUGCUGCGGCUCUGUGUUCAAAGUCUUACUGUUCAAGGUCAAAAUCAUUUUGUGUUCAUGUGCUCAGUGUUGCCCGAAACAUUUUCCAUUUCAAUUCUUGAGUCCUUUUCUUUCAUUUCCUGUGUGUGCGCGUGUGCGCGUGUGUGUGCGUGUGUACGUUUUUAUUUUAUUCUCUUUGCUUGCUAUUUUAUGAUUGGUAUCUGACUGGUAUUACAAACCUUUCUGAUGUCAGUUUUUUUUUCAAUACGUAUCUGAGUAUAUAUUUUCUCACCAGUAUGUACUUUACAGCAGUCGACUUUGUAAAGUAUGUUGUGCACUUGAUUAUGUUUGUUUCUGAUAGCUUUGAUGUGGCUGUUAGGCUUAGUUUGUUAAAGUCCAUAAUUUCUUAUUGUUUCAUUUGAUUUUUUUUUAAGAUGUCCUAAACAGCAGUUUUGUAAAUAUUGUGAACAUUACAGGUCAUGCUGUGAUGUGACAUUGAAAUGAUGUUGCACCAAUGUUUCAAUUAAAACCUGGUCACUAAA